ACUUGACAAACCCUCGUGUGGUCUCUCUAUAAAUUAGAUUAUAAACUGUCUUUACUCUCUACAUACACAACAAAAAAGAAAAAAAAAAAUAAUCUCAAUCUCAAUCUCAAUUUGAUUUUUGUUUUGUUUUGUUUUGUAUGAAUUAAUCCUCCACUCAAAGGAUUAUGGAUCAUGAUUCUCCUCCUCCUCCUCCUAUGGAACAACAAGUUUGUGUCGAAAUUGUGAGUUGUAAUGAGGAUUUGAAAAUUAAUUUUGUGAGUGGUGUGGGUGAUGAUGAUGAUGAGAAUGUAAAGGAGAAACGUAAGGGGGCUUCAAGUGCCAAAAAACCACCAAAACCGCCACGAUCCCAGACACACAGAGCUUUUUCUCUGGAUGCUGCAGACCAGAAACUGAUCAGGGAGCUUGCCAUGAUUAAGAGGGCAAGAAUGGAGCGUAUGAAAGGCCUGCUCUUGCAAAAAAAAGCUUCAAAGUCCUCCUCCUCAUCCUCGUCGCAUAGCACUUUAUUUGCCAUGAUUUUUACCAUCGUAGUCUUCAUUGUUGUCCUUUUUCAAGGAAUGUCAUGCCAAAUUUCAUGUGGAACAUUUCAAGGUUCUCCUCCUCCUCUAGAAACAAAUGAGAGCGGUUUGAUAUUCAUUCACGAGGAAUUGAACCCAUCUGCUCAUGACUCCGUUUAAGUAAUCGGAUCCAAACUACAUCUCAAUGCCUGGCUGGCACUUGUAUAGGGAAUGAAGAAGGUUGCAACCUCGGCAAUCAAUCUAAGAUGAAUAUAACAUGAAUGAUACAAUUAGUCAUGUUAUAUUCGACGACAUUAGUUAAACUCAAGAAUUUUGGUUUGUGUUUUUUUUUUUUUUUUUUUUUUUUUUUUUUUUUAUGUAAGAAUAAUCCCGGCCACUUAGUUUCAAGAUGUGUGGUUUGUAAUACAUAUCAAUCAAGUGUAUGAAGAAAACUUGAUGAAUGACGUAAAAGAAAGAGAAUGGAAAUGGAUGGAUGAUUCAAA